GUUCGCAUGAACGGUGUAACUCUUCAAUAGGUAGGCAUAACUGAAUUCACCAGACGUGAGCGCAUUCUGGAAUGCGGAGCAAAGGGGAGAUCGGGAUUGGUCCAGAGCGGAUGGUGUACGGUAUCUUGCAGAGCGAAGCGUUGAUGGAUAUUGGCCCUGUGCCUAGCUAUCACUCAAGAAGAUCAAGGAUGGCUAUGCUGGCUGAUCGCGAAGGAGCGUUUGAAUAGCGAAAGGGGCGGCUUGCAGAUGGUGCACUGCAGGGGAAAGAGGAGAAGUGACGUAGUCAAG